AUGAAUAUAUCAGAAUCCAAAAAAAAGGUUCUUAAUGAAUCGAACAUUUACGAAGCAUGUAAUGGUGAUUAUCACGAACUGCGACUAGUUAAUCGAAGAUACAUUGUGCAGAAUGAAACACCACACAAACUAAUCCCAAAACAAGGAGGGCUUAAACUAGUUAUAGAUAAGAACGCAAAGGACUUGGAUAAAGUGUUGAGAGCACGAGGGAGGACUAUUCCACCGGAUGAGAUUCUAGAUAUGAUGAAACCAGGAAAAUUAAAGAUACCCAUUGCUGAUCCUAAAAACUCUCUGGGGAACAAAUUGCUUCCGCUGUCAGAAUUGUUGAAGUGUAUUCAUUAUUUUGUAGCGAAAAAGUACACUAAAGAUAUGAGAACAAAGUCAGAUAGAAACAAAUUCUUGGAGUGUAUGGACGAGACAGCAUUAUUGAGUAUGGGUAUUAUGCUUGAAAGUUGGGUUGAUGAAUUUGUCACAAAAGACACCUGUCGAAUGUUUUUACAAAGAGAUGAAUCACAGAGCGACGGAGAUAUUGAAAACGACGCAACCAGCACAGAUGAGUCACCAAGAGGUUCAUCGAGUGAAGAUGAUUUCGUACGAGCUAGUGAUAGAGAAGGACUGGAUGAUAACCAAGGUGAAAAAUAA